AUGAAAGAAGCAGCAAAACUUCUGACAUCUAUUAAUGCUAUCAACAACAAUAUAAUUUGUUAUAUUGUUGCUGGCAGUGUUUCCAACGUUGGUAUUGUUGACGUUGGUAUUGUUGACGUUGGUAUUGUUGGCAUUGUUGAUGUUGGCAUUGCCGGGCUGGUAUUGUUGACUGCUGCUUACAUUGCCGAUGCUGGUAUUGUUGAUGGAGGUGAAAGUAGUAAUAAUGUUGUCCUUUAUCAUAAUAAUGCUGUCAAUG